GAAGUUAUUGAAGGAGAUGGAGACCAUGCAGAGGAACUUGAUGACCUUGCUAGAGAGGGGGAAAUGAGCAUGGAAGAUCUGUUAGAAAAGUACAGAGGAGCAUAUGCCUCUGAUUUUGAGGAGCCAUCAGCCUCAGCGUCACCAGACUCCUCAGAAGAAUCAGAGGGAACUGAGGAGGAGGCGGAGGAAGAGACGGAGGGAGAGGACAGUGCUGAUGAUAGUGGCUCCUCUUCAGAUUCCCAAGUGGCUGUAGACAGUGACGAAAAAAAGGAGGAUGAGGAUGUGCAGGAGAGUGAUGAUGAGGAUGACAAUGAUGGAGGAGAGGGAAUGGAAGUUCUGCUGAGAGAGGGAGACCAUAGUCCUGCUGUACCAACAUCUCCCCGACCUAAGAAAGAAAUUAGCCACAUUGCUGCUACUGCCGAGAGCCUUCAACCUAAGGGAUAUACACUGGCAACAACAAAGGUCAAAACACCAAUCCCAUUCCUGCUUCAUGGUACGUUGCGUGAGUACCAGCACAUUGGACUGGACUGGUUAGUCACCAUGAAUGAGAAGAAACUCAAUG